AUGUGUUCCCUGCAGCGUCCUCAGCCAUCUCCUCCGGCCGAUGCCGGCAUCCGGCUUCUGUGUUCCGGUCCCUGUGACGUCGGGACGUACGGGCGCCGCUGCAGGCAGCGGGAAAUUUGAAAAGUUUAAAAAAUUUCAUUUUUUUCCAAACGAAUUUUACAUACAUUUUGUCCCGAGUGCUUUGUCCUGUGCCCUGCCUGCAUUUUGACUGUUCUUUCUGCCUGGAAACUGAGAAAUGUCCAUGGCGUCCAAAAAGUGUCCCUUUAGGUCAAAAGCGGGUUUAGAUCAGCUAGAGAACAGCGAUGGUAAAUCAGAACCACUUGCAGAAUUGA